UCGAGUUUGAUUUCCUGUAUUCCAACAUGACUGUGGAGGAAAACAUGAGGUACAUCUCGAUCCCUAUCAACAAAACUGGACGUUCAGCGAUUCCAGUCAACUUUAGGCUAACAAUGGACGACAAGUCUUACAGCACAGCAAUAAGAGGCGUUGACUACGAAGAUCGCCAUGGCAACAUCAUUACAUUCCCAGCAAGUGACCAACAGCUAUCAACAAUGUACGUGAACGUGACGAUCAAGAUGGACGGCAAGGCAGAAAGUAGUGAGGUAUUUUCGGUUGGUUUGGAAGCUGUGGACUCGAGUACUUCGACAAUUGGCAGCAAGAACACGAUGGUCGUUAAGAUCACCGACAAGAAAGAUAACGAUGAUUUCGCAGCUAGAGAAAUGCAAAGAGAUCAAGACGAAAAGAAACGAACCGACACUUUAUUUCUCAUCCUGUACUUAACCGUCGCCUUUGCUGCUGUCAUCAUCAUUAUCUUGAUAAUGAUUUGCGUCUUAAUCAUCAAAAAGCUGAAGAAGGAGGGAAAAUGAGUCAUAGCCAAACUUAAACCUAUUCACUGGAUACAAAGACACCUCAUUAAAUAUAACUAAGCAACCAGGCCUAUACAUGGAUGUGAGGCUCCUAGUGAUAUCUAGGUUUUUUAGUACCCACUCAAAAGCACUCAAAAGCACUAUACGAAUUUGUAAAAAGAAAAGGAAAAAAAAAAAAAAAAAAAAAAAAAAAAAAAAAAAA